AUGAGAGAACAUAGUGAUAGUGAUGGCAGAUCACGACAAGUUCUAAGAGAACAAGGAGAGCUGAGAGAGCAUAUUUGUGUUUCCAUUGCUCGUCAUACCAAAAAGGUGUUGGGAGCAUUAGAGAGCAAAGCAACAAAAACGUCAUUAUUGCAUCAUAUAAGCGUUCUGAUUAAAAGAAUGUUCGUUUCUAUAAAAGAGGCUUCCAGAUUGUUAUUGGAAGCCAAUGGUGUUUAUACCAGAGAACACUUGGAAUUGUUUGUUCUUCCGCCUAGACCAACAUAUUUGGUCAAAUCAGAAGAGGAAAGUUUGCCUUGGAAUAUCCAAGAGUUGCCAACAACGAGAGCCAUAUCAAACAUAAAGACUAACGCCUACCGAUGA